GGUCGACAUCACUGCAGCUCUCUCAAUGGCUUCGGUCUUCCCAGGAUUCCGUCGGGCAGCCCCACGGCUGGGGCAGGAUUUCUUCAUAUGCCGUCAAUGCAUAAGUCAGGCGCGUCCAGCAACACGCUUUGCCAAGCUGCGUGGGAAAUCGGCGUUCUUGCGAAACGUACGAUUCAACAGCGCUGUCGCGGGUUCUGAGAUCCCAGCUAAGAAGCCCUCUCCGUUAACCUCUCUCAGUCAAACGAUAGCGAGCAAUGGAACAAAGACUCCAUCUGCCGGUGACAAGAGCAGCUUCCCAAACACGAGCUCAAAGUCAGUAGCGUACUGGCUAUUAGGAAGCGCAGCCAGUGUCUUUGGAAUCGUGGUAUUUGGGGGCCUAACGAGGUUAACAGAAUCUGGAUUGAGUAUUACAGAAUGGAAGCCCGUCACAGGCUCUCUUCCUCCGCUCUCUAAUGCAGAUUGGCAAUCUGAAUUCGAUAAAUACAGAGCCUCUCCUGAAUUCAAACUUUUAAAUCCACAUAUGAACAUUGACGAGUUCAAAAAGAUCUACUAUAUGGAAUGGGGUCAUCGACUAUGGGGGCGUUUCGUGGGGCUUUCUUUCGUUAUACCAGCGGUCUACUUCGUUGCACGACGAAAGGUGUCAGUCAAUAUGGCUUGGCGAUUGCUAGGAAUUUCAGGAUUGAUCGGUUUCCAAGGAGCUAUAGGAUGGUGGAUGGUGAAAUCAGGGCUGAAAGAUGAUCUCUUUGCGCCUGGAUCACAUCCUAGAGUCAGCCAAUACCGACUGACAGCCCAUCUCGGCGCAGCAUUCAUAUGCUACACAGCUAUGCUCUGGAACGGACUCUCCAUUCUUCGGGACAUCAAGCUUCUUUCUAACCCCACAAAAGGUCAAGAGCAUCUUCUCCGUCUCUCCUCACCUACCCUCUCUGUAUUCAGGAAAUCAGUUGCUGGUCUCGCUCUCCUCGUUUUCACGACAGCUAUGUCUGGUGGCCUAGUUGCUGGACUUGAUGCCGGAUUAAUCUACAACCAGUUUCCUCGUAUGGGCGACGGCUUUAUCCCGCCAAAAUCAGAACUUUUCUCCAAGUUCUAUUCAAGGAAAGAAGAUGGGUCCGAUAUCUGGUGGAGAAAUAUGCUCGAGAACCCGUCAACAGUACAGCUUGAUCAUCGUAUCUUGGCUACAACAACAUUCACGGCUAUCUUAGCUCUGUGGGCUUAUUCUCGGUUUAAUCCAAAGAUUAAAGCGGCGCUGCCGCGUGCAGGCAGUCGAGGCAUGACGGGUGUGGUGCACUUGGUGUGCUUACAGGCUCUUUUGGGGAUCAGCACCCUCAUUUACCUUGUUCCAAUCCCUCUGGCCGCAGCACAUCAAGCUGGGAGUUUGGCGCUGUUGACAGGUGUCUUGACGCUUGGAAAUAGGGUGUGGGUUCCGAAAAGGACUCUCAAGCUGGUGCAGAACAAGCUGAAGCGAGCAGCAGCUGCACCAGUCUCGGCGCACACAGCAACUCUGAGAAAUGCUGCCAUAAAGCGGACUUGAACAUGUUGAAGGGAAAUACCCUGCAUCUUCAUGGAGAGCGGCGUGGAAUGUAAAAACGGGAAGGAGUGAUGUAUAAUUUCUGAAUUAGUGGGGAAAUUCUGAUAUCUCAGAUAGCGUUGGGACAUACCAGGACAAGGAGUUUGGUCAAGUCUACUCCGUACAUACCUUGAAUGAAUCUCAACUCUGUACAUUGUACUAUAUAGACAUACCAUCUACACCAUACUUACCU